AUGUCCCCAGGAUCCUGCGGGGAUAUCCCCCCGAGGCCCUGCUGGACUGUCCCCGGUCCUGCUGGGAUGUGUCCCCAGGAUCCUGCUGGGAUAUCCCCCAGGGCCCUUCUGGACCUGUUGCAGCAGUAUGCGACCUCCUUCAGAGACCCCAUGAUGCUGCAUCCCCCCGAGUGGUUCAAGGCCUUCAUAUACUGCGAAGCCUUUUUGCAGCUGCCGUUCUUCCCCGUGGCCGCGUACGCCUUCCUCAAAGGUGGCUGCAGAUGGAUCAGGACUCCUGCCAUUAUCUACUCCACCCACGUAGCCACCUCUCUGUUUGCUAUCCUGGCCCACAUCCUGUUCCACGACUUCUCCAAGUCCGAGCACGCGGGGCCUCGGACGCUGCGCGAGCGCCUUGUUCUGCUCUCCAUUUACCUGCCGUACCUGCUGAUCCCCCUUCUGAUCCUGUUCACCAUGCUCUGCAACCCCCACUACAAGCACGUGGAGAAGAGGAAAAGGAAGUAG